CUGACAGCCACUGCUCAGAGCCCAUGGAGCUGUGGAGGCAGCUGAGGGAGGCUGGACUGGUGCCUCCGGGGCUGGGCCCACCCCCACGGGCCCUGAGGGGGGUCUCCCCAGUGGACAGCCCUGGCCAGACCCUCACGUCUCCAGGGACAGACACUGGAGGUGCCAGGGAGAGUCUGCUGUGGGUCUGGGAGGAGCUGGAGAAGCUGCGCCAAGCGGGUGUCCGGCUGCUGGGCCAGCUGUGCAGCGUGGGGCUGCAGAUGAAAGCGCUCCAGGAGGAUCUGGUUACCAUCCUGGAAGAGGAGGAGGACAGCUGUGAGGAAGAGGAGGAGGAUGAAGAGCCCCAGAGGAAGCAGGAGGAAGAACACCUGGGGGCCUCCUGCCCAGCCCCAAGCCCCCCUGACUUUGAGAUGACCAUCUGAGGCCCUGCCAGUGUGCUUUCCGAGUGAUACCCAAAUGAGCCGCACAGGUAUGCAGAAGAGGGGGGAACUUUGCAGGACAAAUCAGAUUUGGAAUCAAGCAUGCUGUUCGAGCAAGUGCUUCCUCUGAAGAUGUCUGCAGUGAGACGUAGGCACUGGCCUGUGAGCUGGAGGUGUGUUUGCAGAUGAUGCGGGAGGUCGCAGAGAAGCUGCAGGUGCGUUUGCAGAUGGACCUUUGCACA